AUGGAGAGUGGAAAAUGGCAGAAAACGCUAGGAAACGUGGACUUCAGCCGUCGACUUGAUGAUGAAGUAGAUGAAGCAGAUAAAAAUGCUCCAUUUAUUCUAGCAGCCGCCGAACGAGAAGGUGGCCAAUGGUGGCCAAUGGUAUUCUACCGCAUAGUGGACUUGUGCAGCAUGAAUGCUUAUAUAUUAUAUAAUAUGCAUCAGCCUAAAUAUACAGAUAGAGGAGAUUUUCUAAAGUCAUUAGCCCGUUCACUAGUGCUACCCCACUUGCAAAGACAUGUUGGGUGCUGGCAAUUACCAAGGGAGUUACGCCUAGUGAUAAAACGAGUUCUCGCUGACGAUGUGGUUGAAGAAGAUGUCCAAAGUCCUGAAACUAGUAAAGGUAAGCGAAAGGCAUGCAGUAUUUGUCCGCCUAAACUUCACAGAAUGACUGUGUUCACAUGUGUCGGCUGUUGCAAUCCCGUAUGUUUGCAAUAUUCUCGACCCUUGUGGAAAAAUUGCCAAUGA